GAGCACGAGGACGUCAUACAUUAAGUUUAGUGAGGUCGUCUCCUGUAAAUAAUAUAUCUCAUAGAUGUAGCGAUACACUGUAUUAUUUCACAUAUUUCUCAUGGAGAAUAGAUGUAUUUAAAUGUUUUUAGCAAACUUAGGAAGGUGGCAGUCUUCUGCCAGCCUUGUUGCUGUUGACCGGCUCGCUAGGCUAACUUUAGCGUGAUACUUAGCUGGUUAGGAUUGUAGCAUUAGCUGUCCAUUUAGCUAAUCAGAGGUUAUUACGAGAGCAGUCUAACCUGUUUUCAGAAGCAUUUGUCUAACUGGAAUGGACUUCGAAAUGACAGCCAUUUGUAGCCACUAACCGAAUUCACGCAUAUCAAAGACCACAGGUCAAGGUUGCCUUGACAUUGGAGCUUCUGCCUAGCAUGCAGACAUGAGCUCUGCCCUGUGGAGCCAGGAGAAGCCCAGUGGGGGCUUCAGGGAGGACUGGCGGUUCUACAUGGUUGUGAAGGAGUGUACAGUGGAGAAGCCUCCCCAGAAGACCCUGAGGAUUCCCCGUGGCAGUCUCGGCCAGGCCUGUCAGGAGCGCAACAGCCUAGGAAGAACGCUGCCCCCAUGCAAGGGAAAGAAAAGUCUCCGUAUUCUGGACCAAACCAACGUGGUUUUGAGCCUGGAUGAGCGGGACGUCUUGGAGCUGGAUGAGAAGCUGGCUGAAUUGCUCUUUCCCAUUACUAACUGUGAGGAACGGUAUGCGCUACUCUGCAACAAGUCACGGCUAGAGCGUGUCCGUGAUAUUGACUGUGGUUCCAAGGUGCGCGUCCAGCUGCGCUCAGGGGAUGAACCUCUACCUGGUGUGGUCCGCUUCAAAGGCUCACUGCUUCCUGAUAGAGCGCUGUCUGGAAUCUGGUUUGGAGUGGAACUUCUGGAGGAAGGUCGGGGUCAAGGCUUCACGGAAGGCACCUACCAGGGCCGCCAGCUUUUCCGCUGUGAGGAUGAAUGUGGUGUGUUUGUAGCCUUGGACAAGCUUGAACUGUGGGAGGAUGACGAUGACGAACCUUUGGGUGAGCUGGAGGUAGACAAUAUAGGUCUGGUGGAAGAGGAUCAAGACUUUCCUCCACUGGAGAUCAACUCAAGGGUCCUGGUGCAGACCAGGGAGGGACCAGAGAGAGGCACCAUCAUUUUUUGUGACCUGCUACCCGGCAAUGAGAGCUUGGGGUACUAUGUAGGAGUUGACAUGGACAAUCCUAUCGGGGACUGGGAUGGUGUGUUUGAUGGAAAGCUGCUGUGUAAUUUUGCCAGUUUGGAACACACUCGACUUGUCCCAAUCUGUGACGUAAUGCCAGAAUAUUCCAUGCAGGACCAAAGGCUCCAAAAGCACAGUUUUGCCCCCAGAGGCCCGGCCAGUGACAAGUCGUCCUCUAGCCAAAGUAAACCAAAGAGCAAAGGAUUAGGUCACCAAUGUGGCAGUAGAAGCAAGUCUGAGUUUUACUAUACUUUAAAUGGCAGCUCUCUUGAUCCCCCAGCCCAGCCCAAAUCCAAAAGCACAUGGUACAUUGAUGAAGUUGGGGAGGACCCUGCCAAGUCACUUACUGACACACCCCCUGACUUCAACCAGUCCUCUCCACCGUCCAGGGCCCCACCCUCUGCCUCAUUGUCCAGCGACAACAAAUUUCACUCGCUGCCCUUCAGUCUCAAUCGUAAGCCUGGGCCUAUUGACAGCAUGAGCCAUGGACCCCUGUCACUCUCUGUUCAGUCAGUGAUGGGAGAGCAAUCAGAGUCCCCUUCAUCUGCUGCUCCUCCCUCACCACGGCCUUCAACACCUCCUCGAGGACAACCAGGUUUGGAGGUGGGGUCUCUGGUAGAGGUGAAAGAGAACCCUCCUCUGUGUGGUGUCAUCCGUUGGGUGGGUCUUCCUCCUGGCCUACUGGAGCCUCUGGCUGGUCUGGAGCUGGAAGAAGAGUGCCCUGGUUGCACUGAUGGCACAUUCAAAGGCACACGUUAUUUCACCUGUCCCCCUAAAAAAGCCCUAUUUGUGAAGCUGAAGUGCUGCCGGCCUGAUUCCCGCUUCCCGUCCCUUCACCAUUCCUCCAACCCCAUAGAGCGCUGCAACUCCAUUGCAUUUGGGGGUUACCUGAGUGAGGUGGUACAUGAGAACACACCUCCACGCACAGAAAAUGAUGGUCUGGAUGUCAUGGUGGGAAAGAAGAAAGGCAUUCAGGGUCACUACAACUCCUGCUACCUGGAUUCAACCCUCUUCUGCUUGUUUUCCUUCAGUUCUGUACUGGACACGGUUCUGCUGAGGCCACGAUCAAAGACUGACGUAGAAUAUUACAGAGAGACCCAAGAGCUGCUGCGUACAGAGAUAGUCAACCCUCUUCGCAUACAUGGAUAUGUUUGUGCCACUAAAGUUAUGAAGCUAAGAAGGAUCUUGGAGAAAGUAGAAGCUGCUUCUGGAUUUACAUCUGAAGAAAAAGAUCCUGAGGAGUUCCUCAAUAUCCUUUUCCAUCACAUACUGAGGGUGGAUCCGUUGCUCAAGCUAAGGUCAGCAGGUCAAAAGGUCCAAGACUGUUAUUUUUACCAGAUCUUCAUGGAUAAGAAGGACAAGGUCGGAGUUCCCACCAUCCAGCAGCUCCUGGAAUGGUCUUUCAUCAACAGCGACCUAAAGUUUGCAGAGGCUCCUUCCUGCCUAAUUAUCCAGAUGCCCCGCUUUGGCAAAGACUUCAAAAUGUUCAACAAAAUUUUCCCCUCCUUGGAGCUGGACAUCACAGAUCUUCUUGAAGACACUCCAAGGGAAUGUCGUAUCUGCGGAGGCCUGGCUCUCUAUGAGUGCCGAGACUGUUAUGAGGACGGGGACAUCACUGCUGGCAAGAUUAAACAGUUCUGUGAAAAGUGCAAUACACAGGUUCACCUCCAUCCGAGGAGAAAAGCCCAUCGACACGGCAAACUGUCCGUUCCCAAGGAGCUACAAGAAAGUACAGGCCGUCAGGGCAGUUUUCCCCGCCAGAGGAUGGAGCUGUUCGCCGUGCUGUGCAUCGAAACCAGUCACUACGUGGCCUUCGUCAAGUAUGGCAGCGCAGAUUCAGCCUGGCUCUUCUUCGACAGCAUGGCCGACCGUGAUGGAGGGCAGAAUGGUUUCAACAUCCCGCAAGUUUCUCCCUGUCCGGAAGUGGAAACCUACCUGAAAAUGACCCCAGAGGAGCUGCACACCCUUGAUCCCAAAAGCAUCCAGGGCCAGGCCCGACGCCUCCUGUGUGAUGCUUAUAUGUGCAUGUACCAGAGCCCGACGAUGAGCCUGUACAAGUAGAACCCUCUCCCAAGACCCCUACCCUCCUGCCCCUGCUCCUUAGUCACUCCACCUCCCCCAUCCCCAAGGCAGAAAAGUUCCAGGAAGACCAAAAAUUAAACUAAAAGAAGAACGGCUGCCUGCCAGCAGGGGCACUGUCCAGAAAUUAACCCUUUCCCCUCUUACUCUCCUCAAUGCCUGUUCGUUUCUGGAGGCUGGAGAGAUGGAAGAAAGGGGGAGAAGCCUAUUUGCACUGUGCAUUAGUUGAAGUGUUGUGUUCUUCAUGUAGUCCUAUGUAGCUUCCCUGUGUCUCACAGCUGAGCAUUGGUAGUGGAUGAUGAAGCAAAUGUAGGCAUUAUGAGGAAUCACUCCCUGUUGAGGGAGGAAAGAGAUGAUGGGCGGGAGGGCAUGUUGCGUUGCAGUGACUGACAAAACAUGUGCAACAAAAACACAAUGAACUAGUGGGAAGACCUUGCUCACCUCAUUUACCUUAAGAAAAGAGGAGUCUUGCUAUUCUUAAUCACUGAAAAUGACGGGAGCUUUCCAUAACGCACAUUAAGGAAGUAAUGCAGUGUGCAAAUCCUCAUCCAACCUGUACGUACGCUUCUGUGUAAAAUACCUAAGUAGCAUAGUCUUGGUAGUAACAUCAACAGUAUAGAUGUCAACCUACUGUGCAGCUGCAUCAAAACCAGACUCUUUGCUCUUUGUGAACAGGUUUGCAUAAUUUCCCAUCAAACUGUGUAAGUGUCUUUACAGUAUGUUUUACAGAAACAGAUGUAGCCAUUGUAAAAGUCUCAUGUUUUACUGCAUACUUGCAUAACUAAUGCUGCACCUUUUGCUUCAUCCCCAAGUGAACCUAUCAGGAAACAUUUAGGUUUUGUUUUUUAUUUUAUUUUCCUCCCCAUUUGAAGUCACAGUGAGUGCUAAUUUGUCGGUCGGGAGACAUCGGUUUUGUGUUACAGAAUACAAAUUUGCUCCUCCGCUGUAGUUGUAAAGAAUGGUCUGCAUUGCUAAUGCAGGGUAGAUGCCAGAUACAUUCAUGAAGGGGGACUUGUACAAUGGCUGCUGUUGUAAAGCUGAUUGGUGGAGCACUCCAUGCAUUCAUAGGGUCAAUGAGGUGAAAUACUGGAAAAGUUUGACUGUUUUCUUUAAGGUAAGUGUGUGUGAUGUGAAGAAUUUCAUAUGCAGUGUUUUUAAGUCUGUCACUCAUUGUGUUGAUGAGUAAAACUAAAUUAUGUUUUAUGUUUACAAAACCUUUUCUCUGCCCAUCAUGGCACAUUGGAUAUCCUAUGAUUUAGGUGAAGCAGGUAUUGAUUCUCGCUGCCUUUAAUGAAAGUGUAACUUGCAAUAUUUCCAUCCAGGCACAAGAUAACAAAACAGUUGUGAUCAAAAUAUUAUUAUUUAUUGUACUUUAAACAUAUUACAAACUAUUCUCCCUUUCUAAGAAAAUGAAACAGAGUUCAUGAAAGCGUACGUUUUGGGUACUCCUUGUCCUCUUACUCUAUAUGAAGUAAGUUUUUGUCAACAGCAGCUACUACUGAAUGUUCAUAGUGACACAUGGAACAGUUAACAGAUGAUGGGAAAUGAAGAGGCACAAGGCUGGUAACCUUGACGCAUCAAUGUAUGUAAAGGAAAAAAAUAAAUAAAAAGAUGAUCCUUGAUUCCAUUAUAUUCCCAAAAACCAAAAGCUUACCAAUCUAAAUACAAAGUGAUUGUUGUUGUUUGUUUGUUUUUAUAAUCCAAAAAUGGGAAAUAACAAACUACAAAAUACAGAUGUCGGCAUCAGCAUUAUAAAUAUACAUAUAUAUAUAUUAUAUAUUUUACUUAACUUAAUCACACCUUAAUAAUCAUGGAUUAGGUUGUGAUUAUUAGGUGACCGUAUAAGGACAAAUUUUAAAGUACCUCUCACCUGACAACUUCCAUUUUUGGUCUGUGGUCGUUUCCACUGUUGCAGGUAUUCUGACACCUGUGCAAACUUUUUCUGCACUGCUGGAGCUUAUCACUGAUUGGAGCCUUGUUCUCUAUGAGAGAAGUCUCAGAGCAGAGAUUAGGAUUUAGAUUUUUUUCCUCUUUCAUCUGUACAGUGUAUACAUAUGUAACAGGUGGAAAAUUAAUGUCAGUGAUGUUCCUGUAAAUGUUAAAAAUAAAGCCCAUUUUGAAGGGUGAAA